GGAGCAACAGUUACUAAAUAUUUUUGAAGUUUUAAUAACCACUCUUGAUGGAAAGCUUAAACGUAUUGACAGCCUUGAUGAAACUGCAGAUCUUAUAAUGAAAUAUAUGGAAACCGUGCAAAAUCGGGUAGUAAACAACGUGGAAAAAACAGAUUUAAUUAUAUCUCAACUUCAAAAAAUACAAAAUUCAAUGUCUAAAAGCAUGCCUGAUGUCCAAUCACCUUACUUGGAUUAUAUUAACGAAACCACAAAACUAGCACAUAAUUCUUCAGCCUUAUUAAAGGAACAAAUUGUUAAGUUGGAUCGAAAAGUAACAGAUAUAGAUAAUAAGCUAGAGGGUCUAAAAGUCCAAAUAGAUAAUAGCUUGUUACAAGUGGAGGACUUCAAAGGCGAAGCUAGCGAGAAAAAACACGUCACUUCACCUGUAAAUGGCAUGACAAAAUCAUUAAGCUAUGAAGCAAUGACACAUAUUUCAUCUGAAUUAAGCGACCUCCGCGAUUCAACUGACAACAUUGAUAAAAAGUUACAGUUUCAUAUAAAUAUUGUUUCUAAAAAUAUUGGAAGAAUGAUGAGCAUGAUGGAUGAGAUUCAUUUUGCUUUAUAUGAUAGUAAUGAACAAUUUAAGACUUUAAAUGUAACAACGCUUCAGCCACCGACAGAAUCAAAUAACCUUGAUGUUACAACUAAAAAAAUAAGACCAAUAGUAUCUGGAAAAAUUGAUGAAGUUUGGGAAGAGGUGGUAAACACAAAAUCAACUGUAGAUAACCUUCUUCCAAAGUCCGCAGCUCUUCUAACACAAACUCAACGCCAAGAACGCGAAAUAGACGAAAUCCAUCAAGAUAUUAAAUCCAAAACAAACCUUAUUAUAAAUAACUUAGAUAUGGUUGAAAAACGACUAAAAAAACAGGAAAAUUACGUUCAAAUAUUAGCUAAUCUACCGGAGCAUCAUGAUCUUACAACUAACAAAUCGUUUAACCAGUUUGUGGAAUAUGAUUCAACGAACCACUCUAUCUUUGAAGAAACUUUAAAAAGAGCCAACUCAUCUUUGUCCAUCUUUUAUACACAACCGUCGAUAGGGACUACUAUUUUACCUACAACUGGAGAUAAUAUCCAAAGUCAACUUCAUGAAACGUCAAUAAACACCAACGCCACUUACCAUAAGGGUUCAGUUAUUACUGGAUCUAAAUCCGCAACUCGAAAGGAUGGAAUUAUUUUUCCAAGCAUAAAAAAUAAGCCAGCUGUUAUAAAUACCACCAUUGUCAACGAUAUAUUGGCGCUAAAGGAUUUUAAAGGAUUUUCCUGCUUAGACAUUUUAAAUGCUGGAAUGAAGGAAUCUGGAGUAUUUUAUUUGCAAAUUCGGGGCACAACAUAUUGGUUCCUAAAGGUAUACUGUGAUCAACAUACAACAGAUGGAGGUUGGACUGUUAUUCAAAGACGCGAUGAUUUUGGGGAGCCCCGAGAAAAUUUUAACAGAGAUUGGUCAGAUUACAAAAAUGGAUUUGGUGAACCAAACAAAGACUUUUGGCUUGGUAAUGAGAAUAUAUAUAUGUUGACAAACAAUGAGGAAUAUUCGUUACGAGUAGAACUAGAGGAUUUCGAAGGAAAUAAACGCUAUGCGCAAUACUCAAAUUUUAAAAUAUACUCAGAAGCAGAUUAUUAUAAACUUGAAAUAGACGGAUAUGAAGGCAACGCUGGAGACUCUCUAAAUGACCCAUGGUAUGGAUCAAAUAAUAGUCCAUUUUCGACGUACAAUAAGGACAAUGAUCGGAGCUCGCUGAACUGCGCUAGCAUGUUAAAGUUUCAGAUGAAUUCGGCUUGACUGACGUAGCUAUGGCACAUACUUCCCUUCUUUCGCUUAUCAGACCCCCAGAAACGAUCGGAUGAAGUUUGGAGUUCUGCAGAGUCGGCAGCCUUUCAGAUAAGUGAAUUCUCCAUGCAAAUCAAAUCAAAAAAUAUUUCUGUUCCAAUCAGCAUAUUAAUACUCUGUGAUUUGUAAAAUUGAGGGGCUGCCAAGGAAAUAUUUUUGGGAAUAUCCCAGGUAGAAGCAUUUAUAUCGAACUGCGGCUGAUAGUCCGUAAUUAUUUUUGUGACAACAGCAGUAAAGGAGGCAUGACAGCAAGAAUCCUGAGACUGGACGAUAAUAUUAACUGCCUUUUCCGAGUUAAGUGAAGAUUCUCAUAUUCCAGAUAUUGAUAUAUGCAACGAUUGUGACAUAAGCUGCAGCUCAACGAGUCGAAAUGAAAUUGAGUUGCGAUGAUGAGUCGAGUACAGCACGGCAUGGGAUGAAAGAGCCAGCGCGAUUACAACAACAGCAGUUGCAAACACGUAUUGAUUAUGGUAUUGGGUGGUAUUUAUGAUAGGUGGAGAGUAUGAUGAUGUGGGCGAUUAUGCAAUUAAUGUAGAAGAUUGCGAAGAAGAUGGGUAAAGGUCGCCUGAUGAAGAUGAUGCUAAUGGCGCCGGUGGGCUAGGGGUCAAAUAAAGAAGUGUGUGGUGCUUCAUAUGACAAGUUUUGCAUUUGCCCGACUUGCAUUGCUGCAAACCAUGACCCUUCCGCAAGCAAUUAAGGCACAAAUGCAAUUUCUUGACCUUUUUCUCUUCCCAACGUUCCAGAGUUCUCGAAUCUAGCUUAGAAGCCACGUAGGCCUGCAGCAGAUCACAUUUCAACACCAGAAAAGAAAUCCGGCCAAUCUAAAUAUUUUCCAGAAAAACGAGGCACUUUCCAAAUGCGGAACUUUUGAUUUCUUCCGUGAGUUCAUCUCCUACAAAAUAGUUUUGCAAGGCAAUGGGAUUUGCAUUACUGGUGCGCCUUUGUUGCACAAGUAAUUCUCGAGAGAGUUUUGACUCGAUGUCAAAUUAAAUAUUUGCAAAAUUACGCCGCGCAUCAGUCAAUAAUUCUGCCAAAUUAAACUAUUCAAACUGGCCUGCCCCUUUAUAAAAGUCAAUUUCACUUGGAGCGUCCACCAUUUUAGUUCAGUUACACCCUGUAGAUGCGAAACCGCGAAAUUUAAGCGUCUAAAAUUUCAACGGGUUUUCUUUCUCUGUUUUCUAUUCCCUUCCGAAAGGUCAUUGCACCGCGAAUAUGACACCGACACAGUUGCAAAGCGCGGAUUAUGAUUAUGUCCGUUAUAUGCAGCGAUAUGUUUUGUGAAACGGCAUGUGUUUCUUGCCGAAUUUAAAUAUUAUUCACAAGAAGAAAUUGUGCGGAAAAUUGCACCGAAUGUAGCAAUUAAUGUUCAAUUUAAUAUUCCGUUCUGCUUGGAACCGACAUACACUGGUGGAAGAAAUAAUAGAAACGGCUUAAUUUUUUUUCGUUUUUUUCU